AUGGUUACGUUCAACUGUGAGGUGUGUAAUGAUACAGUGCCCAAGAAGAAUACAGAAAAGCAUUACUAUAGAUGUCCAGAUGCGUAUUACACGUGCAUAGAUUGCUCCAAGACAUUUGAAGAUGGCGUGAGUUACAAGAAUCACACUUCUUGCAUCAGCGAGGAUGAGAAGUAUCAGAAAGCAUUGUAUAAGGGCAACAAGAAGCAGAAGCAGAAGCAGCAGCAGCAGCCGGCGGCUCCUGCCAAGAAAGUGCAGAAGCCUGUAGUCAAGAAAGUGGAGAAAGUAGAAAAGACCUCCAACGGUAUCGAGCUUCAAAAGGGCAAGUCAUUGUACAAAAUUUUGAAAACUAUCAAGGAUAAAGAUGCAAAAAAGAUCUUUUUGAAAAACCUGGUUGUGGAUUCUGAGGGCCAAAUCAGAUAUGCAAACGAAUAA